GUAUUCAGCAACGAAGAUUAACAAAGUCCAAGCCGAAAUUUCAGCGCUUUUCCUAAGCAAUUCCAUCUUCAACGAAAGCACAACCAUUUCUUUCUGGGUUUUUUUUUUGUGAUUAUCUGAACUAAAUUCUUCAUCAAAUUGAGAAAAUCAAAUCAAUAAAAGAUGAGUGAGAUUCAAAUUGAAGAAAGCAGCAGCGAUCCCACACUGGUUGAAAUCCUUCUCAAAACAAUCGGCCCUUCUCGCCCUUCUCGCCUUAAACUCCCUCCUCAAAUUAAGGUGCGUGAUUUGAGAAAAUUAGUUGCUGUAAAUAAAAAUUUACCAAUUGAGAGUUUGAAGCUAAUAUCGCGAGGGAGUGCAUUGCAUGAUAGCGAAAAUGGAGAAGAUGUUCGUGUUCAGCUUGCAGAUGGUGAUUGCUUGAUUGUAGCAGUCAGACCGAAGGCACCACCGAAGCAUCUUAGAGCUGGAUAUGAUGAGGAUGAGGAUGACGAUGAAGAUGAUUUGAAGUUCCAGCUCCCAGAAUCAACAAGUCGAUUGAAGUGGAAGCUAUAUCGUAUUUUACAUGAUAAGCUGAAACUUCCUGAUAUCAUUUUGAUCGCAAUUUUCUCUCUCAGCUUAAAGGCGUGGGCCUUGAUAAUCCUAUGGUUUAUCUUGGCUCCUGUUGCACAUCGAUGGGAUCUGGGACCAUUAUAUAUACUUGGAACAGGAUUUUUUAUCAUCUUUUGGAAUCUUGGAAAUCGUCAAUCAGGUGAACUCAGUGCAUAUUCAAUCUUCAAUGAGGACUUCAGAGAACUUCCGGGAACUCUUAACGCAGAACGCUUGGACAGAGACCUACGAACAGGUCAGCUUUAAUGUGAUGGUACAAACGCAUUAUAAUGUAUCUGCAGGAUACCUGAAGAAAAUAUGUAAGCACAAUUUUUGUGAUAGAUUAGGUUCUCAUGAUCUGUAAGCACAAACUCCUCUUGAAUACGCCGUGUGUAUAUGCUGAAAUUAUGACUGAAGUUGUCAAUACAGUUUUGGUCAUGGAAAAGUUACUGUAAAGUUUCUCACCAUAA